CACCAUACCAGACUCGAACAUCUGAUCCAACUUGAAUUCAUGCCCGAUGUCCCAGCACAAUCAAGACACUGCAGCGGGGACCCAACUGCAGCGGGGAUGCACGAUCGGGCCCUUAGCAGAACCGAUCAGUAAGGCUGCCUAAGGACAGGGCGCAGCGAGAUUGAUCAGCAUGGCGUUGCCCAAAGCACAAGAGUGUGUUGUGGGAGCAAAGAGCGCGCUCCACCAAGAAAGCAGUGCCAGCCAUUUCGCACGUACAUGAUACUUACUGCGCCACCACUUCCCGAUGCACAUGCUGAACCACUGCUUUCGGUGUCGUGGUACCUGCAGCCCAGAGAUGCGAAUUAGCAUCCGCCGACGCGGUGCCACGCGAUAAGAAGCCGCGCGGCCGCGGGUGCCGAAGAUGCGGCCGCCGCGCGGCGCAGGGCGGCCGAGCGAUGGGGCCCCCCUGGGGCGCGAGGCGCUCGCGCUGCGGAGGCGCCGCAGGGGCAGCGAGGCGCCCGAGGGGAUCACAGCGAGGGAGGCUUCGCGUGUGGGGUCCGAGCAGAAGGGUUUUCCAAAACGUGACGCGCGAAGCGCGAAGAACCAUCUUCGCGCCCCGCCGGGCGGCCGAAAGAAAAGGGCGGAAAGCCCACCCCUCCCCGCGCAUCUCUCGACGGGGAAUGCGAUGGGGGAGAGAGCGCGAGCGAGGAGGGAGGAAUCGUGACGAGGGGGAGGAGGACGUUGGACGGAAGGAGGGCAGUGAGACCUCCCGAGCAGCAUGCGCCGCUGAACGCCGCGGUCCCCGCGCGCAGUCGCGCGAGCACAAAAAACGGCCACGUCAGGCAUGUCCCCCCACAGGCGGACAAUGGGAGCAGAAUAGAAAUACUGAAGAGAUAAAUGCUCGGUAGUCGACUUCUCCUCCUGCAGAGGACAUGCCCGG